AUGGCACCUCGCUCCCAACCGGUCAGAUCUGACGACAAAGAGAAUCAGAGCGGUGCCAGCUCCGACCUGACUGAGAUCUUUUCAGACAACAGAUCUGAUAGUGACUCCACCAGUGAUCCAGAACUUGAUAGUGAGGAUUCGGAUGAUGAAGAUGAACCCGGGGACGAUAUCUCUGAUGAUGAGGGCCAGCUGCCUCGUGAACACUAUUUGGCCCAAGCAGAGAGCUUGGAUGUCUCCCAGCUUCGACAGCAGCGGUACAGUAACGUCACUCAGGAAAGACUCGAUGAGACCCACGUGUAUUGA